GCUAAGACUCUCUAGACGUCCAACAAUGUCCAAAUCCAUUGUGUCUCACCUACCUAAGCAUGGGCACACAGGUGCUAGAACAGGACUGAAGGGCCAUCUGGACUUUCUUUAAUACAUUUUUGGGGGGGAUCAAGCAUGUGAACUUUAACACACCUCCACUAAUGAAUCCAGAAGAUACCAAUUAAUUUUUUUGUGGCUUUUAUUUCUCCCCACAGAUUUUUUUCACAAACCAUUUGGUUGUAUUAUUCCUUACUUACUUUUGGAUAACAGAACCAUCUUUCUUCAACAAUAAUUAUCUUACUGUCUCUCCUUUGAGAAACACUCAUCAGAAUACUCUAUCUCCAGUUCAGAAUUCUACCUGUUCCGCUUGAAGUUUUUCCAGACUUACUCUUCUUCACCUUUGACCCGAUCCUUUCUCAAGGCCGCCUUUCUCAGAUCGCUCCAGCAGUCUGUUGCUGCACUCUCCUUCUUCCCCUCAGAUCCCUUCAUCACCACAUUCCUCAUCCAAUUCUCACAGUGACCCUCGGAGCCUCCGUGGGCUUCCACUAACACCAUGGUGCUGAUGAAGAUGAAGUUCCCGUUUGAGAAGAGAAUGAAGCUAGCCCAGGGGCUGUGGCUGCUGUCCUGGAUGGCCACACUGGCCGGAGCGUUGACUUUCACCCUGGGCUGCUUCCUCAAGACCGAGCUCCGCAGGAGGGCAGAGGUAAUGGAUAACACAGAGAUCCAUGCUGUGCCCAACACCCUGAUGAUAGUGGGUCUGGCCUCUUUGGGUAUCAACUACUUUGCUGGCCGUAUGUGCCAGGAUGCCCUGGAUGCCGGACGCUUCCCCCGCUGGAAGACCUUCCUACAACCCUACUGGGGAGUCUCUCUCUUUUUCACACUCCUUAUGCUGACGACUGUGAUCAUGAGCUACGCUAUGAAGGGGAAUCUGGAGUGGUCCCUGAAGAUCGGCCUGAAGAACGGCAUCCGCUUCUACAAGGACACAGACACACCCGGUCGCUGCUUCCAGAAGCAGACCAUUGACCGCCUGCAGAUGGAGUUCCAGUGCUGUGGAAACACCGACUUCAAGGACUGGUUCGAGGUCCAGUGGAUCAGCAACCGCUACCUAGACUUUAGCUCUAAGGAAGUGAAGGACCGUGUUAAGAGCAACGUGGACGGGCGUUACCUGUUCGAUGGGGUCCCAUUCAGCUGUUGUAACCCCAGUUCCCCAAGACCCUGCAUCCAGGACCGCCUCACCAACAACUCAGCCCACUACAACUACGAGCACCAGACCGAGGAGCUCAACAUCUACAUCCGCGGCUGCAGGGAGGCUCUGGUCAAUUACUACAUGGGCCUGAUGAACACUAUUGGUGCUGCGGUGCUGUCCAUCUUCCUGGUCCAGUCAUCAGUGUUGGUAAGUCUGCGGUACCUGCAGACAGCCAUGGAGGCGGUGGCAGGGCAGGAGAACACUGAGAUUGAGACCGAGGGGUACCUGCUGGAAAAAGGGGUGAAGGAGACGAUCAUGGAGUACGUGACUCCUGUGCUGGUUUUCCUUCAGCUGAACGAGGUGGGAAGUGAGGACGCUGAAGCUGGGGAGACCCCCGCCAAAUAAUGCGGAGAAAUCAAAAUGUUUCAAACCGGUGGUGUACGGGGCAAACAUGGCACUUUAUUGGGUGAUAAAUAAUCUAACUAGACACUGAUCAAUUCAUUUGGUAUUUCUUUGAUAUCACAAUCCAUUCCAAUGCUGAUAUAUUUCUGUAAUGUUUUACCCCAAAUGAGUGAUUUGAAUGUUGUAAUCUAUUUCAGUCACUUGAGGGCAAAUAUAUUUUUGUAUCAGUUGUCCCAGUCCGAGUUUUAAGUACCCAUGGCCACGCUAACCACACACACACACACACACACGCACACACACACACACACACGCACACGCACGCGCACACACGCACACACACCACACACACAUUAAACACAUUAACGUCACCCCAAGCCCUCCAUAAUCCUUUCAUGAUUAAUGAAGCUAUUUGAUGUUCAGUCAAUUCCAUGUACUCCCCAAAGGAGAAAUAAAGAACAUAUUUCUUUUUUUAGAACCGGGGAUUGACAUGUACUAUUAUUUCUACCGGUCCACAAUCCACCUUGAAGUAACAUUUGGUUGUGGUUCAUUAAAAGAGAAUUAAAUUGAGAAAGAUACAAAACCAGCUGUAACAUGGUCAUGACAUGAAUUAGUUGGAUAUGUUCAAUUACUUCACAAUUUCAGUGUUCAACAGUCAAUAUCACAAUAAUAUCAUGGUUGACACUUACAAUGUAAAGAUAUUUCCAAUUACUGAGGGAUAGAGCUAUAUCAAAUUGAUAAAGACACAAAUAAAAACAUUUAUUUUGAGGAAUACUUGCAAUGUAAAGCUGACUGUAGAACGAUACACUGCUCAAUGUUCUGCUACUUACCACUUAGCAAAAUGUCAUACACAGCACUGUAUUACAGAACUAUUAUGACAGAGAAUCUAUUAAAGUUUACCAUUUUUAAUUGC